AUGUCCACCCUCUCAUCUCAUUCCCUCAAAGCCUCCUCCAUUCACACCACCAUCCAUCUCCUCACAACCAAUCUCGUGAACAUCAAAGACCAAACCGGAGAGUUUCUACUCAAGCUUCCCGACGGUCGUAUAAUUGACACCAAAGGCUGGAACGACUGGGAAUGGACCCACGGCAUCGGCCUCUACGGUCUCUGGAACUACUACACCCUAACUUCUUCCCCCCCUGUCCUCGAAACAAUAACAUCCUGGUUCGACACGCAGCUCGCAAAAGGCACGACUAAGAAUAUCAAUACCAUGGCUGUGUUCCUGACCCUAGCGUAUUUGUAUGAGGAAUCUGGGAACAGGACGUAUUUGCCGUGGUUGGAUACUUGGGCGGAAUGGCUGAUGCAUGGGUUGCCGAGGACGAAGUUUGGAGGGUUUCAGCACGAGACGUAUAACAGUUUCAAUAAGGAUGAGCUGUGGGACGACACGCUUAUGAUGUCUGCGUUACCGCUUGCGAAGAUUGGGUUGGUGUUGAAGAGACCCGAAUAUGUGGACGAGGCGAAAAGGCAGUUUUUGCUACAUUGUCAGUAUCUAUUUGACACUUCCACGGGACUAUUCUUCCACGGCUGGAAAUUUGGAGACGGGGAAUCAGAAUCCAACGACGAGCAGGGACGUUUGGGUCAUAACUUCGCGCGAGCGAGAUGGGCGAGGGGGAAUUCCUGGCUCACGAUUGCGAUCCCAGAUUUCGUUGAACUGCUAGACCUCUCGCCAACGGAUCCAACGCGAGUGUUCCUACUCGGCCUUCUCGAUGCACAAUGCGCAGCCCUCAAGAACCUUCAAUGUGAAAAUGGCAUGUGGCGCACGCUCCUUGACAUUCCCGCCAGCGCAGGGAGUUACGAAGAAGCGUCUGCGACCGCGGGCUUCGCCUACGGGAUGCUUAAAGCCUGA